AGAGAGUCGCUGAGCCCUAUUUUACAGCUAGCCCCCCGGCCCAUCCAGAUCCAGGGACCCAGCAGUUGAUUCGCCCGGCCACAUCGCCCGAGCCCGCUAAACCCAAACUCGUCCUCAUCGCUCCGGCGCGGCGACGAGGCACCCGGCCGCCGCGCGAUGGCCGACGGCGCCAGCAGCAGCGGCGGGGCACAGAACGGGGGUGAGUCGGUGGUGAUUGACUACGGCCGGCGCCGCACAACCUGUGGCUACUGCCGAUCCUCCGGGCCUACGAGCAUCUCCCACGGUAUGUGGGCUAACAGUCUGAAAGCUGAUGACUAUCAAGCUCUUCUUGAUCGUGGUUGGAGGAGAUCUGGUUGUUUUCUUUACAAACCUGAGAUGGAACGGACAUGCUGUCCCUCAUAUACGAUACGCUUGAAGGCAAAUGAUUUCAUUUGUUCCAAAGAGCAAGGUCGUGUACUUAAAAAGAUGCAAAGGUUCCUUGAUGGUGACCUUGAUCCACAUAUUGGAAGUCCCCAGUGUAAGGCAAGCCCAACAAAGCGCUCACUUGGUGAACCUCUGAAUUCACCAACCUCGAAAGUAUCAAAGGUAUCAGCAAAAGAGUUUCGAGCAGGCAUGGGUCCAAAUAUAUCGAAAGAAGACGACGUCACUUGUUGCCUGGCAAGCAAAAUCAAUGAGGCCGCAGAUACAUGCUUCCAAGGGGGGGUAUUUGGUUCAGUUCAACUCCCCAAAGCUAUUGUGAAGACUGUUAAACCUCAAGUCAAAAGGAAAGUAGGAGAAUCAGUGCAAGAAAAGAAAGUCGGAGAAGCAGUGCAAGAUUUGGUUUAUACGUGCAACAUAAGUUUCCAAAUAGUGGCAGCAGUUCGACGUGCAUUGCCUAAAGAAAAUGGUGCUAAUCAAAAUGAAGUACUGGCAGAUCUUUCUCCAAAUUCUGUUGCAGAAAAGCUAUCCAUGGCAAUGGAACGUCUUGGACAACUAGCUGGUUUUGAAGUAAAAGCUUGUAAUGGGCAUCUUAAUUUCUAUUUGGCCACCAAUCAGGCAAUGCAGAACCAUACCAGCUUUGUUGUACCUGUGCAAACUUCAGACAAGUCUAGUGGUUCAAAGCAAAGCUCUGUGAACAAAACUAAUACGAAAUAUCCUCUGAAAAGAAAAAUCCUGGAGAUUAGGUUGAGCACAUCUCAUUUUGAUCCUGAGGAGUUUGCUCUGUACCGAAGGUAUCAGACAAAGGUGCAUAAGGAGAAGACAGUUACGGAAAGUUCAUACAAGAGAUUUCUAGUAGAUACACCAAUCGUGUUUGUCCCCCCAAAGAGUGGUGAUAAUUCAGUUCCACCGUGCGGGUUCGGGUCUUUUCAUCAGCAGUACAGAAUUGAUGGAAAACUUGUGGCUGUUGGUGUAGUUGAUAUCCUUCCUAAGUGUUUGUCAAGCAAGUACUUGUUCUGGGAUCCUGACCUUUCUUUCCUAUCUCUUGGAAAGUAUACAGCUCUGAAGGAGAUAGAUUGGGUCAAGACGACACAUGAGCACUGUCCCAGCCUUCAGUACUACUAUCUCGGUUACUAUAUACAUUCUUGCAAUAAGAUGAGAUACAAAGCUGCAUAUCGACCAUCAGAACUUCUAUGUCCUGUCCGUUACGAGUGGGUUCCCUAUGAUUUAGCCAAGCCUCUACUGGAUACCAGUCAAUAUUCCAUUCUAUCUGAUUAUGCUACAAUGCAAGGUGAAGUGCCCCAGCCUCAGAUUUGUGGUCCCUCUGAUGACUCUUCAGCAAAAAUUGACCACCACGACUCAACCAGCGAUGAGGACGAUGAUGAAGAUUUCAACGACUAUGAAUCAGAUAUGAUGGUUGAUGAAGAGACAAUUCAUUCAGAAAAGCCAGAUACAACUGAAGGCAGUUCCAACAUAAAUGACAUAAAAAACAUCACCCUGGACCUGAAUGGCUCGCGGGUUAAAUUUAAGGGCCUUCAGCAAGUGUUUGGGCCAAUCGAGAGGCGACACCUCACUGCGCUAGAAGGGCAACUGAGCAGAUACGUCAAGGUUGUUGGGAAGGAGCUAUCCGAUCGAAUUGUGUAUUGCCUUUCUUGAUAUGCAGCCAGCCAGCCGGGUCAAUUCUACUAUGAAAGUGCACAUGAGAGCAAAACUUGUUUCAUUCAGAAAGAAAGGUCAUAGCUCUGUUAUACUGCUGCAUGUCUAUGCUUGUUUUUUUUGUUGUAGAAGAUACGAGAGCCCGCUGUCGAGGCUGACAUAGAACAUUUGUCUGGUCGAUUGUGUAUGCGUAUUGGCACUGAAUUAUUCAUGGAUUGCUUUACUCCACGCUGAACAAAAAAAAA